AUGAUAUUUACAGAAAAGUCAGACGUCUCAUUUAAAGAAAAAAUAAUACAAAGAAUAAAUGAUCUAGGUUGUUCGGAUAAAAUCGUCAUCAUAAAUUCUGCUCUAGAUUUAUGUAUCUGUUCUUGUAAUUUGUGUGGUACCCAAUUCACUGCUUUUAACGAGGAUAGCAUUGAUAACCAUAUAAUGAUUUUUCAACAUCAAUAUGCUGAAUCAAGUCACCGUUAUAUGCAAGAAUGUAUUAUUCAUGAUUUAGCAAGUCAAACUGCGCGAGGAAGUCAGUAUUUUGAUUCAAGUAUUAAUUAUAUUGAUCCGGGAACUCAGACUUUUCCCCAAGGUAGUCAACGUUACAGUCAAGGAAGUCAUCAAGAAGCAUGUAAGUUUUUGAAAAAACAAACCGUUCCCAUCUAA